GCGCGACCACUGCACCGGCUGCUGCACUGCGGCACCGGAAAAAGCGGAAUCAACGCAACAGAAUACCUUUUUUGGGGUGGGACGACGACGUUACAACAACCGGCGGUUCGUUAUCUAAACGUCAUUACCGAGCGUUUUAGGGUGUUUCCAUCCCGUAUGCAAUGCUGAUUGAAUGUCUUGUCUGUCCAUCAACUCGUCCCCCGGGAUGAUACUGCAGAGAGAGUGCCGCUAGCUCGGUAGUAGCAUUAGCGUUAAACGUGGAUGACGGCUACUGUACACCGGAACGUCCUAUCAUCCGGACCACAGAAUAAUCAGGUGUCAUCAUUGAAUCAUUCGACUACAGCCAAAGGGGCCUUCCAAGGGACGACAAUCCAUCCUUGUUACAAGAAGAUAAUCGACGUUGCCAAAAACAUGAGUCGUUACUGCACCCUGAACAACAACUUUCCCAAUGACAACAACCUCCUGGCCCUGGACAUGGUGCUGAGCUCUCUCUGGAGCAUUCCACAGCCCAUCAACUGGGACAACGUGGCCAUGCUGGUCCCUGGCUUCACACCCAAGGAGUGUGCGCAGAGGUUUGAGGAGCUGAAGAGCACCGGAGGGUUCCAUCACGUGGACGACCAAUGCAACGCGCUGAUGGCAGGAGGCUCCUCCCCUGUGGACUACAUCAAAUCCACACUAUUGGACACCACGGGAGACGUGGGGGAACCGCGGACCAAUCAGAGCUCCAUCUCAGUGACGGGCCUGGCGGUGAACCCAAGAGGAAGCUCGGUGGAGAAGGAGAGCAGGGAGUCUGCAGAGGAGGGCGAGAAGCCCCAGGAGGGGAAAGGGCCCAAUAUGGUGAUCCACGUGUGUGACGAGGCUAAGAACCUGAAGCAGGACUUCAUGUGUCCCCGUGACCUUCUGAUCAACGAGAUGCGUUACUUUGCUGAGUACCUCUCUGUUGACACCCAGCGCUGGGAGGAGGUGGACAUCUCUGUGCACUGUGACGUGCAGAUCUUCGACUGGCUCAUGAACUACGUCAAGAGGCACAAAAUGGCCGUCGAUGGCGACCAUGACAAACCCAAGCUCGAGCCCAGCAAUGUGAUCUCAAUCCUCAUCUCCUCCGAGUUCUUGAAGAUGGACACGUUAGUGGAGGAGUGCAUCCAGUACUGUCACAAGCACAUGAGUGCCAUCGUGGCCACACCCUGCAACAUGAACUGCAUCAACAGUAACCUGGCAGCGGACAUGUCUGACCUGUUCAGCCACAACGAGGCAGACGACAUCACGGACAGAAAAGACAAGUUCAAAAGUAAGUUAUUCCAGAAGAAAAUUGAGUGUCUCUUCGAUCCUGACUAUAAGAACCGGGACUCCCCAGGCAACGCAUCAACUCUGUACAGGUGUGGUCUGUGCCUGAAACUGCUGACCAAGGACACAGAGCGGAAGAUCUCCUGCAUCCCAGGGAAGAUCAACAUCAACCCUCGAGGAGACAUCACCUACACUCACAGCAGGCAGAAGAGAUGGGAGGUCCAUGAUCUAUCACUACCUCUGGUCUGUAGGCAGGAGAGAUGGGAGGUCCAUGAUCUAUCACUACCUCUGGUCUGUAGGCAGGAGAGAUGGGAGGUCCACGAUCUAUCACUACCUCUGGUCUGUAGGCAGGAGAGAUGGGAGGUCCAUGAUCUAUCACUACCUCUGGUCUGUAGGCAGAAGAGAUGGGAGGUCCAUGAUCUAUCACUACCUCUGGUCUGUAGGCAGAAGAGAUGGGAGGUACAUGAUCUAUCACUACCUCUGGUCUGUAGGCAGAAGAGAUGGGAGGUCCAUGAUCUAUCACUACCUCUGGUCUGUAGGCAGAAGAGAUGGGAGGUCCAUGAUUACAUGACAGGACUGUAUGAGGAGCUGAAGUCCUGGGUGCUGGUCUACUGGAGGAUCUGGGGAACCAUCAACCACCUCACCUGCUCCCACUGCCAACAGGUGUUUGUGUGUGCAGAGCUGUCCCACUGUCGGUAUCACCCAGAGGUUGUGUUGUACCCAGGCAUGGGGACAGAGCAGGGCUGGCACGGGACGGGCAUCUACCCCUGCUGCAACCAGAGGACGCUACGCUUUGACCCCACCGGCAUUCCCAAGGGCUGUAAGCUGCGGGACCACAUAGUGAAUGUGUCAGACAGUGGAGACUGUACUGGGGACCACCAGGUAAACUCAGCCCAGACCAGACUGCUCAACGACCUGCUACUACACAGAGAGACAGUGUGUGUACCCAAUACACCCCUACCAGAGACAGGGCCUGUAGACUCCCCCUCCAGUGGUUCAGAGAGAGGGGAGAGAGGGGAGCGGGUACUGGACUGUGACAUCCUGGUAGAGCCGGGGCUUCUGGGACUUCAGAGAGUAGAGGGCACCACCUUUUCCCUGUUGAAAAACUGGAGCCGGCAACUGAGGCAGCAGACGCUGCUGUCUGAGGAUGAGGAGUAUACCACGGGGUCAGAGGUCACUGAGGAUGAGGUGGGGGAUGAAGAGGAGGCCAGCAAGAAACAAGCUGCUAAGAAGGCCAAGAAGUUGAGCAAACCUUUGAAGAGGCAGAUGUCCUCACCUAAUUUCCAUCGCAAAGAGAAAGCAGUGGAGAAAACCCCUUCGAGGGACAACACUCCAUUCAGAGUGAGUGCCCAGAAGAGUAAGUGGGACAGCUCUCGCUCCAUUCGCUACAACCAAGACGCCCAACGAGAGGAAGACCAGCGGCGUAUGGUGGAGAUCAUUGGUCAUCUGACUAAGAUUAGGUUCGGAGAUCAGGAACAGAGGAAGUCCAAGGACACUAAAGACCGUGCAGCAGGGAUCUACUCUAGGCUAGAGGCCCAGUUCAAGUCCUCCUCCCAGGCCAGGGGACGACAGAGUGGCCCUGAGAAAACCCUCAGAGUGAAGCCACGCGUCAGUCAAGCUCGAACCACAUAGAUAUUGGAAAGAGGAGGAGGGAAGGAGGAAGAUAAGAGGAGGAGGGAAGGAGGAAGAGGAGGAGGGAAGGAGGAAGACAAGAGGAGGAAGAGGAGGAGGGAAGGAGGAAGGAAAAGAGAGAGGAGGAGAGGAAGAGGGAGGAAAUCAGUGGAGCAAACUGACCCAAAUGGGUACUGGCAACCUGGCAGCAGCUAACCCUCUCAACACCAUCUUGCUCCAAUGUGACCCUGUUAAAUAUUUGUGCCUGCAUUCAUAAAGAGCCUAAUAGUAGGAGUGCUGAUCUAGGAUCAGUUUCUCUUAGAAUAUACUGAAUGGACAGGGGAGACCUGAUCCUAGAUCAGCCCUCCUCCUCUGAGACACUUGAUAAAUACAGGCCCUGGUCCUGCAUUGGUCGUCUUUAGUUCAGGAGGCCUGGUUUUGCCGUAGGCCUUUCUAGCCCACUUAGAACCCAGCCCGUCAGCCUGACUCAGGUGACUUUGUAUCGAUCACAUCUCCUCCUACCCCCCAUUAACUCUAUAUUACAAUGCAAUAGGUCACCUAGCUCUAAACCUGUAUGCCAUAGAAUAUAAUAGACUUUAACAUAGAAGCUACCUUGUGGUGAGUAAUAGGUAGAUGAUGGUUUAAUGAAAUGCCCGUUGUUUCUAUUUCUAUAUCUCUGUGUUGGCCGUAUCGCACACUACUGGGACUAAGAGGACAUGGGUGGACGAGGCAGUCAAAAAUAAAAGUUACAUCCCCACCA